CAGCAGUGCCACAGCAAAGCUACUAGCAGUCGGACGUAAACAUGAAACCCAUUGGGUGCAACAAUAUUCCGGUCAUCUUCCUGGUGAUCCUCGGCAUGGUCAGCCUGGCCAAUUCGCUGCCCAUGAAUCCCGAACAGGAGCUAAAAGAUGUCGACGAGCCAUUGGGUCAGCAACGUCAGCAUAAACAGCAGCAUGUGCAGCAGAUGCAGCGCAUGGUGAAGAGCGAAGCGGUGCCAGAGUCGGAGUUCGUCGGAAAAAUUGCGCCACGCAAUGAGCAGAAUCCGGAGGAUGAAUACGAUGCCGUCACAUUGGUGGAGGAGCUAGAGGCCGCCGGAGUUAAGCUGGCCGAUCGACGUGAUCUGCGCAAGCUAACCUACACGGAGCUGGCCCGCCUGCUAGCCCUAUGGCAUCUGUCCCAGAAUCGCAAUGUUUACAAUGCCAAAGGACCGGAGGAGCAGCCCAAUCAGGCCAUCGAUGAGCGUUAAUUUAGUUGCUUAAUGAGUAAGCUCGUUUAUUUAAAGCCAAAGUUCACUUAAUAUAUAUAUACAUAUAUAUAUAUAUAUAUAUUUUGUGUGACAAGAGAAAAAGGCUAGUAGUACGCUCCACGGAGAACGAAGUGGGAUGACCCAUGCAGAUAUACAUACUAUGGCAACUAUAUGAUAUUCUCCGACCUGACUUUCUUUAGAACAUUAUAAGGAGCAUUGUAAUUCCAGCAGCAAUUCUUUCAAAUAAUAGUUUGCCUCAUUUUUAGACUCGUAUAGAAAUGCAAAUAAACUAAACCGUAUUAUUGU